AUGGCGUCGAGCAAUACUACUAGUACUGUCAACAAGGCAGAUACGGAUGAAAUAGUCGCAACGACAACCCAAAUUCCCGGUCCACCUCCGGAUGCCUACAGUCUGGAAGACCUUCAACAACGGGCGCAAUGGCUGAUUCAAAAUCAUGCGUCAUUCGGCAAGGUCGCCAUGGCGAUUGCCGGUGGGGGAGGCCACGCCUUGUCCACACUGGCGGCGACAUCGGGUGCCUCGCAAUUACUAUUAGAAGGAACCGUCACGUACGAUCGAGCGUCUUUUCAACGAUACGUCAAUAAAACGCAACAAUCGAUACCAUCGUCUGGCUUUUCCUAUUCGUCCUUGGACGCGGCUCGCAUGGCAUCGCAGAGUGCGCUGUUGCAAGGAAUGCAAUUGCGAGCGACCAGUGGUACAUUGGCAGCCAUUCGCGAUACCGUGGGAGUAGGAUCGGCAUCAACGCUCAAAACCACCACCGCGGGAGGCAUGUCCAAAUCGGGACGGCCCAGCCGUGGCAAUGUCGUGGCCACACGGGCCAAUGGGACGCAAACGUGUAUGCAAUACACACUCAAUUGUGGUCCCACGCAGAAUACUCGAUUCCAACAAGAUGUCUUGUGCAGUCAUAUGAUUCUGCAAACAAUGGAAACGUUGGCGGAGAAAGAAACACAACCAAAUGCUGAUAGUACAACUACCGAUGACGCCACUACUGUUGUUGACCCAGAGACAUUUGAAGGAAUCACCAUUCGACAAUGGAUGGCCACCACCAACACAAACAACAACACGGAACAACAACAUCAAAUCAUUCAAAAAGCGGCCAACCGCAUCUUGUCGGGACAUGAAAAAGCCGUCUUGCUCUUGCCCAAGCUCCACACUGCCAACUCGGACGACGAUGUCUUUUUGGAACCACUCGUCUAUCCCGUAUUACCCGACAAUUGUCUCAUCAUGCCGGGGAGUUUUAAUCCUCCGCAUCCAGGACAUGUCGGAUUGGCCCGUGCGGCCAUUGCCAAAAUGUCUACUGGAGACGAAAGUAGUAGUAGUGUUCCCCUCGUCUUUGAACUUUCCAUUACCAACGCCGACAAACCGGCCAUGGAAGCAGACGAAGUCGCACGACGCGUCUCGCUCUUUCGGGACGUGAUGCCGGACGGACAGCAGUGGGGUAUACUCUUGACGAGUGCUCCCUUGUUUAGCGACAAGAUUCGGGCGCUCCAACAAUAUUAUACACCCACGGAUGCGAGCAACAAAUGGUCCUUUGUCAUUGGGACCGAUACCAUGGUGCGCGUGUUGAAUUCCAAAUAUUACAAUGACUCGUACGAACAAAUGUUACAGGCACAACGGUCCAUGGGGGCUGGGUUUGUCGUCGGUGGUAGGUUGAAUCAAGACAAGCAAAAACAGCAACAGCAAACCAAUAUUGAACAAGUCGAGUUUGUCACGGGGGAAGAAGCAUUGGUGGGUUUGCCAGAGGAUGUUCAAGAACUCUUUGUCUUGUUGAAAGAGUCCGAUUUUCGAGCGGAUAUUAGUAGUUCGGAAAUACGGGCCGCAGAAGCUGCCAAAGCGCAAGCAAAUGGACAGGAAACGUCUUAG